AUGUCGCCCCCCGCAAAGGCAGGACUGAUUGCACGGUCGGUCGCUUCGUGCUUCCUAUUCAGAUUCUCCGCCUCAGCGAAACCGCAAGUCGCCCUCUUCAGACGAAGCGCCAAAGUGCGCGCUUACCAGCAUCGACUGGGACCCAUUGCUGGCAGCAUCGAGGAGACCGAUGCAUCGCCCGUCGCCGCUGUUUGGCGUGAGAUCAAGGAAGAGACAACAUUGACGCCAGCGCACCUGAGCCUCUUUCGUCAGGGAAAGCCGUACUCGUUUACAGACGAGGGGGUCGGUCGCAUAUGGACGGUCCAUCCUUUUGCUUUCCAUCUCAAGGAUAGCCGAGAUGAGUCUUGCAUUCAGCUCGAUUGGGAGAACGAAGGCUGGACUUGGCAUGAUCCCCUAGACGUCACGGAUGAUGAGUCGUUUGGAGGCGUGCCGUUCCUUACGAAAAGCCUACGACGCGUCUGGUUCGAGAUGGACUUAGGCGAAGAGAGGGGCAAGAUGUUGCGAGAAGGCCUGCUUAUGCUUCAAGACGACCAUAGCAGCGGUGCAAGGCAGCUGGCCGGAAGAGCACUCAGAGUGUUUCAGGACAUCGUUGCCCUCGGUCAUGGCGAGAACAUUGAUGUCUGGUGGCGGAAUGCGAGAUUCGCGGCCUGGCACCUGUGGAAGAAUGGCCGCGAAAGCAUGGGUGCCGCCAUAUUGAAUGUUCUCAUCCGUGCUCUUACGAUUGUCGAGAGAGAGGUCCAGCGAUUCGGGAGUGGCGUGGUUGAAGCUACUCUCUUGCAUUCUAUCGCACGACAGCUCGACCAAUAUUCCGAAGCACGAGCAGCCACUAUUGGGUCCUUCGCGAAUUCUCUUCAGUCGGUGCUCGAAAGAGCCCAGCCCGAUACAAGGAGCCCAGUCAAGAUCCUCACUCUGUCAUCGAGCUCCACCAUAUUUGAGUCGCUACAGAUGAUCAUCCAGGAGACGGAUGUUUCUCUUGACCUUCGCGUGCUGGAGUCGCGGCCGCUUUUUGAAGGCGCGCAAAUGGCCUCCAGAUUAGCCGCCUGCGCUCAGGAACCAACAAAGCACAGCGCAAUGCCGUCUGCGUCACCGUAUACUCUGAUGCAUCAGCCGCCAUUGCAAGCCAGGGAGUCGACAUGUGCUCUCGCGCUGACUCAUCAGCAGAGAGAGACGUCUUCACAAGACUGGCUCCUUGCCCGCCGUCCUCAGCGCUCGACAUGUUUCACCCGGCGUGCAAGUGGUUGUGAUUUCGGAGCGAGAGAAGAUACUUCCAUUCGCGGUGCCUGGCCACGCAGAGGAAAAUGA